GCUCGGCGCUCGCCUGCUCCGGCUACGGAAGUGACGGCGGGCGGCGGAGCCCCGCGGCCUCCGGGGACAUUUUCUCCGGUGUCGGGGCGGCAGCGGAGACCCCCCCCCGGCUCCUCCCGGCCGUCCAUGCCCCAGCCGCUGCCCCCCCGGGGGGGAGGAGGAGGCGGCCAGGAGGGGCCCUCGGCGCCCAGGCUGCUGUGUUGCUGAAAACCGUAUCUAGCUGACCCAGUCUUCCAGUCCGCGUACUCCAUGCUUUGAGACCAGGAGAACCUCGGCGUUCUGAAAUGAAGAUGGAGGCGGUGGGAAAAGCAGAAGAACUUCUCGAUUCGGAAGCUCCUCCAAAGGCUUCCGAGAAGCAGGAGACUGCUCCCGAUGAAGAUGGACCUUUAGAACUGGAGCCACAUCCUCAGAAGGACAGUGUGCCCGCUGCCUCAGACUCCGCAGUGCUCUCUUCGAUGCCUUGCUUACUGAUGGAACUGCGGCGAGACUCCUCGGAGUCUCAGCUGGCGUCCACGGAGAGCGAUAAGCCAACGGGUGGUCGAGUUUACGAGAGUGACUCUUCUAAUCAUUGCAUGCUUUCCCCUUCUUCCAGUGGGCAUUUGGCUGACUCAGACACGUUGUCUUCCACAGAAGAGAAUGAGCCCUGUCAAGCUGAAGCUGCUGUAGAGGGAGACCCUUCGGGGGUGUCUGGGGCUGCAGUUGGGAGGAAAUCCAGGCGAUCCAGGUCUGAAAGCGAAACUUCAACAAUGGCUGCCAAGAAAAACCGCCAGUCUAGCGAUAAGCAGAAUGGUCGAGUUACCAAGGUAAAAGGUCACCGAAGCCAAAAGCACAAAGAAAGAAUCCGGCUGUUAAGACAGAAGCGGGAGGCAGCUGCUCGCAAGAAGUACAACCUGCUGCAGGACAGCAGUACCAGUGAUAGUGACCUGACGUGUGACUCGAGCACGAGUUCAUCAGAUGAUGAUGAAGAGGUUUCAGGGAGCAGCAAGACAAUCACUGCAGAGAUACCAGCUGGCUUCAGUCGUGCUGGGGGAUCUGGAGGAGCGACCAGGGAAAUUCCAGGAUUGCUUGACAGGGGCACCGUAUGGGAUAGGAACUGCAUAGGCAAUGUCCUGGAAGAGGCCAUGAACUGCUUUGCCGAGAUGCAGAGGCAGACAGAGGAGAAAUUUCGCAUGUGGAUAGAAAAGCUAACCCGUCUUGACACGGAUGAAGAAAGCAAGCAACAACUGGAGCCCAGGGAUCCUAAAAUGCAACUAGUUGGCCAAAGAGUCCCCCCUACCACGCAGUCAGGGGCAUUCAUACAGAUGCCUGAUAGCCAAGUACUUCCACAGCAGUCGUUUAAUUCUUACAUGGGCUAUCAAAAUGUUGAUGCUACAUUAGAGUUUCCAGCGACUUUUAAUAACAAUUUUCCAGCUAUCUUUCCAGAGAAUGGGAAUAUUGCAGAGCCUGAUCUGAAUCAAUCAUAAACUUAAAUAUAUAUAUAUAUAUAUAUAUAUUUAUCUCCUAUCUUUGCAAUCUUGAUGUUACUUUGGAUUAUGCUAAAAACAAGGUUUGCUUUUCUCUUCAUAUAUAUUUGUUUUGUUUUUCUCUUCUGGGUUUGAAUACCAUGGUAUCUUUUUUAAUUUAUAGAGAAUAUAUAUAUGUAGUUAAAAAAAAAAAAUUUACACCCAUGUGCAUGUGCCAGCACACACAUAAAACACCUGUAAAGGGAGGGGGGGAGUGGGAAACACCGUAGGCUUUCAUCACCCAACUUGGGAAAAUAUAACUUAGAAUCCUUGUUUAAACACCCCAGAAGGAAUAGAGCUAUGUUUGUUACCACAGGAGCAUUUAGACUGCUCAUUCAAAUGCUCUCUUUGCAUGUUAGAACAUUUAUAUAAGGAAAUAAGUUUUAUAUUUAAAGAUGCACCCUAGAGAACCAGACAAGAUACAGACCCGUAACUUUUCCUUAACUCUCUGUUUGUUCCCAAUUUCUGCAGCUUGAACAUGGCACAGAUUAGUUUUUCUUCUUCCUUUUUAGGUAGAAGUAACAAAUGAGCUUGCCCUAAAGCUUUAGCUAUAUAUAACCAAUAUGCACAACUGAUUUUUUUAUUUUUGUCUCCCAUUUAGUAGUUCAUUUUCUGUCCAGAGUUUUUAUUAAUGUCACUGCUGUCUUGCAUAUGACAUAUUUAUGGAAGCAGCUGUCUGACGCUGUGUGCACAAAUAAGCACAUGUAUACAUAUAUAUGUGUUCUGCUUGGGUGGAAAUCAUCUCCUCUAAUUUUAGGUGUCUAGUUUGCUGUUCUGCAGAUCUCUGGAAAGAGAAGCACCUGUAGAGGAUAUCUCCUGGCGGCGUCUUUCUCUUCCAUCAGUUGUCUGAACUCCCCUUCUAAAUAGUUUAGGUGAGAUAACUUCUGGCUGAAGUUAGGCGAGAUGAAUCACCCACAAGGACAUGUGUGUGCAUGCAUGACCGGUGCAUACAAAGCACUGCUGCUUCCCUGUGUAUAUACGAUCAAACUGCAUCCUUCGUGCUGGGAUAAAAAUAGUGGUGUCAGUCCUAAGAUAAGCAACCGUUGCUGGAUGGAUUGGUUCUUGGCACAGGAAUUCAAAGAAAGGUUUGGCAGGCAGAUUAGCAAGCACUGUGGUGGUCGGGAGGAAUGGUUUGCUGCUCUGGGUCAGACAGCAGGAGCUUCUUCUGAACCAUGCUGGAAUGCUGCUGAAAUCAUUAUUUACUUGUGACUGGGAAUGCCAGAGCACUAGUUUCAUUUAAAUAAUACAAUAACUUGCUAUUGCGUGGAUUUUUUUAUACUGUUAGUUAUCCUGAAUAGGCAGGCUUGAAACUGUGAUGUUUAAAGUAGAAUUAAUUUAAAAUAUAUAUUAGAAACCUCUAUUUAAUUCUUACUAUUACUACUACACACAGGGAUUUUUGUUCACCUCUCCAAUAAGGCCUUUCUUCAUGUGAAGUAACUUCUCCAUAGCUACCAAAAAUGUAUACUUCUCAUCAGCUAGAACUUGUUAAAAGUUUCUGAUGCAAAUCAGAAUUUUAAUAAUGGAAAUUUAAAUUCUUUGCAUAGGCAUAGUUUAAGUAAAGAGAACACUACAGGUCUCUUUUUGCUCUGCUAUUUUGUCUUUUAAAUAUCGGUCACUUCUGUUUUUUUCUAAUUAUUUUUGCCAAAUUCGUUUUCUUUCCAUCGGAAGUAACCACUGUAUCUUCUGUAGGUCUAACUUCUUCCUUCCUGAAGUCAGUGGAAGAUUUUUCAUCAGUUUGUGGCUUUCAGAUCAAACCUGUAACAGGAAUUCAAGAAAUGCUUUUUAUUCUUGGUGUAAUACUGUCACUGGUGUUUUAACAUUGUUCUUGGCUCAGACUCUUUUUUUUUUUUUAAUUUGUGAUGCCUUCAUUAAAUAGAAAAGUUAGAGAGCUACGUUAUUUUCAACAUAAGUGUUUGAAAGACUAUGCAGGAGAUAAUUUUUAAGAACUGGAAUAAAAUCUAUACACAACAUACCAACUUCAUGCUUGAUUUUGAUACAAAGAUUUUGAUAUGAACUUACGAGAAGACUCCCUCAUCUGAAUUUGUGUGCAUUUUUAACUUAACUGUAGGUAAACUUUAAAUGAGUUACAUUUAAUUGCAAUUUAAUAAUCGUAUCUGCUUAAAAUUUAAGGUCAUUCAGGGAAGAUAAUUUGCUGAUAUGAAAAAAAAAUCCUCCUGUUGUUCAUAGAUUUGAUAUAUAUGCCUUUAUGAUGAUAAGAGCAGCAUAUUUUAAAGCAUGACAACCUUACAAAGCCUUCCCGUGCAUGCAGAAGCAGCUUUUUGCAGUGACUGGUUUCUUUUAAUGUGUAGGCAUCACUUAACUCAGUAUGUCUGUAAGCAUGCUCUUAGCCUUUUUUUUAUAAAGCACUAGGUAUGGAGCAAUUAAGUAUUUCAAAACAAAUUGUGUAAGGGGAUCAGUUGAGCUUAUUUUUCUCUCAGACUUCUAUACUGACUUUUAUGUACUGAGCUAAUAAAUAGGUAAUAACUUUGGGGAUGUAGCCAGUGAAAUUUCUGCCAACCUUCAGUGUCUUUGUUAGGUAAUCUUUUUUUCUUUAAAAACAAAACAAUAACAAAAACAAAGCAGAAUUGAAAUAACUUAGUGUAUUAACAGGUAAUUUGCAUUUGAAUACUGUAGGCAAAAAUUUAAAAUUCUCCAAUGCUUUUAUCCAUCAUUAUUUUAUUUUAUUUUUUUAAUGAAAACAAUUAUAAAUGUGAAAGAACAAGCAGACAAUUAAAGAUGUAAUAGUAUUAGGGUCAACUUAUUGAAAGGCAUCCCGAAGGCUGAGGGGAUGGUUCAUCUCAGAUGUAAUUGGAACUCAUUUUCCCCAUGAAAGCUGCCUAGCGUUGAGAAUACCUGUGCAAGAGCAAUGGCUGUAAAUGAUUUUGGAAACUUCCAGGCUCCUGAUAGGUAACUUCAGAGGUUUUUAUUUCCUGGAAAAAUGGAAAUAUUUUUGCUGUAGUAUCUGACUACAGUUGAGUUUGCCCAGGUUUCCAUUUUAAGUCUGUUUUCAAAGGGCUUUGACUAGAAACUUUCAGGGAGUUAGAAUUUCUUCAGCUGAAAUUUUAACGUAAAUUUUAAUCUCAUCGAUUUAGUAUUGCAUUAAAGUAGUCCAGCCUUAUUUAAGUGUAUCAGGAGGAAACUCUUUUGCUUUUCAACUUGGAGAUAGAUUUUUUUUAAUGUGUGUUUUUGCUCACAUCUCAAUAAAUUGCUUUAAAACCACUGAGUUUAACACAUAGAGGAGAAUCAGUAGGACUUUUUGCACAGGUAUGGAGAAUCACAAAUGAUGAUUUGGAGUUUGUGUAAUUUUCCUAAGAUUUAUGCUUCAGAAAGGAUUAAAGACACAUUCUAGUUUCUUAAGUAGAUAAUUACAUGUGGUCUUAUGUUUUUGGAAGGGUAGAUGUGUCAGGUCAGAUCAGCUGGCGUAGACCAGGAUAACUCCAGUGUAAACGGUGCCAAUGUAAACCCAACUGGCCUGUUCAGGUUUCUACGUUGCCAUUUUUAAUAUUGAAUUAUGUUCUCAAUGCGGCAAAUGUUUCUGCAUGGGAGUAAUUGAACACCCCUUCCAUCGACUGCAGAGUCAGGAUCUAGUAGGGGGCGAAACACAGCUACUUCAUUAAUGUUUUUAUAUGAGUGCAAACGAGCCUUUAUAGAAGGGACUAAUUGAAAUGUCACGAAAUGUCAAACUGCCGAUUCGGUGAAUGAAACAUUACAGGAUCUGCUCCUAGGGUGGGAUCCAGUGCAGAAGCCCCUGGAGGUCUGGGGGGCCGAGCAGUCGUGCUCCUUUUCCCCUUGAGAGGGGUUUGAGAGGUACAGGCAGUCCCCAAGUUUGGCACACACGUUGGUUUAGCUGAGGGUUGGGGUCUUUUCUUCAUGUGCUUCUAACAAAGUAAGUGAAUUUUCAGGGCUUGUUUAGGAAAAAAGGUAUGUUUUUUUUUUUAAUUAGCAUGCAGCAUAAAACAAAUUCAAGUCAAGGCAGUGAGCCUUAAAACAGUCUGUUGGAAAAGUAACUGAGCAGGGGGAAAAAAGGCAAAAAAAAAAAAAAUCCUAGGCAUUUCAGGUAUACAAAUCUUUAUUGUUAUUUCUAACAGCAUUAGGACAAAAUAAUUCAGGUAGAAAUAUGCAUUUGUUUGUGUUAUUAUUUUUAAGUUCACGGUGUCUUAGUGUUCGUGCAGGAUUGUUUGGUUAUUUUGUCAGAGCUGCUAAAGUUAAGACUGGAGGACCGGUCUUAGAUGUGCUGGGAUGAGGUUGGGCAUUUAUUUUGCCAGUCAAAACGUAUUUAUAUUAUCACUGCGUUUUCUUGUUAAUGUAUUUUGUUUCUUUCUGUAUCACAUACUGUAAAUGUCUUUAAGUGCUAUCCUGUGUCUUUAAGGGCAUUAGAAAUUAAGUCCUAGCCCUAUUAAAACCGGUAGAAAACCUCUACUAAUUUCAAUGGGGCUGGCAUUUCUCCUCAUUAGCAAAGGAACUUGCUGCAGGUUUUGGUCAGAGACUACUUUAAGGGGGACUCUUUGCCUGAUAAAAGUGUGUAAACGGGGCUCCCUGAGCUGAUGUUUGUUUUUUUGAAAUGAUCAAGGUCUGCACUGUGACCACUGCAGCUGUGUUUGGAAGCAUUAGAACAAACGCGCUGUGCAAUUAGUACUGUAGACGCUAAAUACUCAGGCUGGUUGAUGAAGAUGGACAGUACUUCGCAAAACAUGCGGCUAGAAAACGCUUUUUCUCACAAAAUUUUUUAAUCUCAUGGUGCUGGAUCAGCAAAGCAAAGGCACACGGAGAACAAGAUUAAAUUAAGACCGAUUUUGAGCGCUCUGUUACAUCUCAGACCGAUGGGCAGGGGUUAGCCCAGACCAUCAGGCAUUUGGUAUCUCAUCACACCGCAGCAGCUCGCCGUGGGAGGAUGCAGACCGUGCUCCAAAAACGUGAUGCUCCUGGCGGGGUGAGCCUGCCUGCACUUGCCUGCCUUUUGCUAAAGUAAGUUGUGCCUCCGCAGGAGACUUUGUGGUUGUAGCUCUGUGUGAUGCUUUCAAAUCCCUCCUGAUAAACCUCUCCCCCGUAAAAGUAGGGAAGAGAGCUGGCUAAUAGGUCUGCUUCCACAAUUAAGUAGUCAUUAAGUAGCACCAGUGACAAUGAGUCCUGUUGUGCGACAGACAUCGUGCAUUUCCUCCUGUUCUCAGUGCACAACCAUGCUCCGUGCGCCUUUGCUUAACGCACAUUGAAAAUGACUUUAUUGCAUCUCGGUGUAACUUGGUAAAACAAAUCCAAGAUACUUUCCAUCUGGCCAUCAAAAAGCCUGAAAGAAUGAAUGUUGAUCAGCAAGACUUGAAUUUUUGAGAUCUCUUCUGGUGUGAUAUAUUAUAAAUGAUCCAGUCUGAAAACAGAUACUCAUUUGAUCAUGUUGGUUUUCAUUAUUUUAUUAUGAUAGUUUAAAAAAAAAAAAAGCUUUACUGUGUGAAAUGAAGGAAACUGUGAGGAAAAUGGAUUCAUCAUUUUUUUUGUUCACUUUAUGAUUUUAGGGAGAAUGUUGUUACACUACUAUUGUUUUUUAUUGUAUUUACCAUGUAUUCUUUGCCUAACCCUGUAAAUUUUGAAAUGUAACUACUGUAACCUGGAAUAAAUAAAUAAACAUAAAUAGUAAA